UCCUCGGUGGCCGAGGGGGCGGACCCCUCGCGGCUUUCCACCCAAUCCCCGCUCCCCGGUGGCCUUAAGGGAGCGGGCUGGUGCGGGUGUCGGCGGCGGCGGAAUGGGCGAAGAGCGCGGAUCACCAGCCUAGUUCAGCUCCCGUGAUCUGAAAACAGAAUUGUUGCAACAGGCUCCUGGAACUCCUAAACAACUCCUCUUGGUGUUCUGAUUUUUUACAAAUUGAAGGCAAGACCCACUACCAGCAAAAAGAUUACAACUCAUUUUAUUGCAGUGGUCUGGAGCCGAACCUCCACAAUAUCUCUGAGUUUUCCUACUGUGAUUGCAUCAUGGAAAAUCAAUUGGCUAAGUCAACUGAGGAACGAACAUUUCAGUACCAGGAUUCUCUUCCAUCACUGCCUGUUCCUUCACUUGAAGAAUCAUUAAAAAAAUACCUUGAAUCAGUAAAGCCAUUUGCAAAUGAAGAAGAAUAUAAGAAAACUGAAGAAAUUGUCAAAAAAUUUCAAAAUGGUAUUGGAGAAAAAUUGCACCAGAAAUUACUUGAAAGGGCAAAAGAAAAAAGAAAUUGGCUGGAAGAGUGGUGGCUGAAUGUUGCCUACCUGGAUGUCCGUAUACCAUCACAACUGAAUGUCAACUUUGGGGGUCCGGCACCCCAUAUGGAACACUACUGGCCUCCAAAGGAAGGCACGCAAUUGGAAAGAGGAAGCAUAAGUCUUUGGCAUAACUUGAACUACUGGCAACUGUUAAGAAAAGAAAAAUUGCCUGUUGAUAAAGUUGGAAAUACUCCUCUAGAUAUGAAUCAAUUCCGAAUGCUAUUUUCUACCUGUAAGAUUCCAGGAAUUUCUAGAGAUUCAAUUAUGAAUUAUUUUAGGACUGAGAGCGAAGGGUAUUCCCCAACUCACAUUGUAGUGCUGUGCCGAGGUCGCGUUUUUGUCUUUGAUGCAAUCCAUGAAGGAUGUUUGAUCACCCCGCCAGAGAUUCUCAGGCAACUGACAUACAUCCACAAGAAGUGCCAUAGCGAACCUGAUGGACCUGGGGUGGCAGCAUUAACUAGCGAGGAGCGAACUCGAUGGGCAAAGGCACGAGACUAUUUGAUUAAUCUUGAUCCAGAGAACUUGACUAGGUUGGAAAAAAUUCAGAGCAGUUUGCUGGUGUAUUCCUUAGAGGAUGACAGUCCACAUGCAACACCAGAAGAUUAUUCACAGGUAAUUGCAAUGGUCCUCACUGGAGAUCCAACAGUACGCUGGGGUGACAAAUCCUAUAACUUGAUUUCCUUUUCUAAUGGAGUAUUAGGCUGUAAUUGUGAUCAUGCUCCUUACGAUGCAAUGGUUAUGGUAAGCAUCAGCUAUUAUGUUGAUGAGAAGAUUUUGGAGAAUGAAGGAAGAUGGAAGGGUUCAGAAAAAGCACGGGAUAUGCCACUUCCAGAGGAGCUUGUUUUCACUGUGGAUGAGAAAGUAUUAAGUGACAUCAAUCAAGCUAAAGCCCAGUAUCUCAAGCAGGCAUCUGAUCUGCAGGUUGUGGCGUAUCCCUUUACACAUUUUGGCAAAACGCUAACCAAGAAGAAUAUGCUUCACCCUGAUACAUUUAUUCAGCUUGCACUUCAGCUGGCCUAUUAUAGACUUCAUGGACGCCCUGGUUGCUGCUAUGAAACAGCCAUGACAAGAUUUUUUUAUCAUGGCCGAACAGAGACGGUGCGAUCGUGUACAUUGGAAGCCGUCAGGUGGUGCCAGUGCAUGCAGGAUCCUGCUGCCACUGCACUUGAGAGGAAGCAAAUGAUGUUACAAGCUUUUGCAAAACAUAAUAAAAUGAUGAAGGAUUGUUCAACUGGAAAAGGAUUUGACCGUCAUCUUUUAGGUCUUUCACUCGUAGCAAGAGAGGAAGGUCUCCCUGUCCCAGAGCUCUUUACCGACCCACUUUUCUCCAGAAGUGGAGGAGGUGGAAACUUUGUUCUCUCGACAAGUCUGGUUGGUUACUUAAGGGUCCAGGGAGUGGUGGUGCCCAUGGUACACAGCGGCUACGGGGUGUUCUACCACAUCAGAGACGACAGGUUUGUGGUGGCCUGCUCAGCCUGGAAAUCCUGUGCGGAGACUGACGCAGAGAAGCUGGUUCAGCUGAUUUUCCAUGCUUUCCAGGAUAUGAUGCAGCUGAUGAACUCCGCUAAUCUCUAGAGACUCACUAUGCACUAAGCACUUACCAGUUAGACCAUGUAAACUGGGUGCUGGGAGUGGGUUGCUGAGGGGAGGUAAGGAGGAGGGUCAACUUGAAGGAAAUGUAGAAAUUAAUAGAAUCAUGCUCUCUAAACCUAUACUGGCAUACAAAGUAGAAAUAUUUUUAAGCUUCCUCUGAUGCAGCAGCAAUGCAAAUUUUAAUAUAGUGAUUAUAGAACUAUGCAAAGUUUAAGCCUCAACAAUGCAAUUCUACAAAAUUUAACAAUGCAACUCUAAUUUUAACUUUUAAAUAUUUUUAUUGAUACCUGUAAAGGUUAUAAAUUCCUUCUCUGAACAUCGUGGUAGAGCAGUGAUUUUCAACUUUUUUCAUCUGAUGGCACAUCAAAAAAUGUAUUUUUGGCCAAUAUGACCAAAAAAUAGGUAUAAUUUUGAUUCAUUCACCCUGGACAGCUAUUCUGUUCACUGUUGUCACUUUUUUUUUUUUUUUUUUUUUUUUAACAAUCUAGGGGAAAAGAGGUCAGUGUCCCUGACUAGUCAGUUAUUAAAAAUGCCACGACACACUGGUUGGAAAUCACUGUUAUAGAGUCUAUCUUUCAGGCACUUUAACAUUUUCUAAUUGCCAAAGGGUAUGAGAUACCUGGUUGGAUGCUAAUUUCCCUGAAAUCAGUGUCUUUCACAUUCACCACAGGGAUACAAGCUUGCUAUAUUUGGGAAAGACCACUACAAGUUUGCCGGGAGCCGGUCCAUCGUUGCUGUUUCAAGGGACCUGGCAUAUAUGGCAUACUGUUCUUAAUAUGUUUGCUCACCUUCUUGAUACUAUGUGUUUUAACAAAGGUCACCUCUCUGAGAAAGGUUGUUUCCCCAGGUAGGGAUUUUCCCCUGAAGUUAGGGAGGGAAUAAAACCCCUUAACUAAGUGCCAGGCGGGUAAUUAAUCAAUCACUUUAACUACGAACAAUCAUGCUUAAGCUAUAUAAUCUUUACUCCCUGGAAUGGAGAUAAGAAACGCCCUAACCUUUGGAAUAGAGAUUGAUAGGAUUGGAAUCAACUGGUAUAAAUACAGAUGUAACAAGACAACAGGACACAGAACCUAGAGACAGAAGAACUUCGCUGGAGAGAACAUGGCGAAAAAUCCUGGACAGAAACUGGCCACAGAACCUAGAGACAGAACCUAGCGAGACAGCCUGGCUGAAGAACCUAGAGACAGAAGAACUUCGCUGGAGAGAACAUGGCGAAAGAUCCUGGACAGAAACUGGCCACAGAACCUAGAGACAGAACCUAGCGAGACAGCCUGGCUGAAGAACCUAGAGACAGAGCCUGGAUAGAACAUGGCAAGAGAACCUGACUAGAACCUGGUGACUGAACCUGGCUGGAGAACCUAGCGAGGGAACAUGGCUACAGAACCUGGCUGGAGAACCUGGACAGAACCUGGCUGGAGAACCUAGCGAGGGAACAUGGACACAGAACCUAGCUGGAGACCCUAGACAGAACUUGGCUGGAGAUCCUGGCUAGAGGAACCUGGCUAUGAUGAUCACCCGAUCUGCCUCCGUGUCAUUCCUUCUUCGCCGACUGUCCACACCUUUGGGGACCCCUGGACCUGCUGGGGUUGGACCCCAGCACAAGUUAAUGGUGAUUAACAAAAAUAGUUUCUGCUGACCUGGCCAGGGUGGCUCAGUUGAUUGGAGUGUCAUCCCGUGCACUGAAAAGCUGUGGGUUCAAUUCCUGGGCAGAGCGCAUACCUAGGUUGCGGGUUUGUUCCCUGAUCAGGACAUGUAUGCAAGGCAGCCGAUCGAUGUUCUCUCUCACAUCAAUAUUUCUCCCUAAUUCUCUCCCUUCCACCCUCUCCCUCUCUCUGAUAUCAAUGAGCAUAUCUCCUGCCAAAACCAGUUUGGCUCAGUGGAUAGAGCGUCGGCCUGCGGACUGAAAGGUCCCAGGUUCGAUUCCGGUCAAGGGCAUGUACCUGGGUUGCGGGCACAUCCCCAGUGGGGGAUGUGCAGGAGGCGGCUGGUCGAUGUUUCUCUCUCAUCGAUGUUUCUGACUCUCUGUCUCUCUCCCUUCCUCUCUGUAAAAAAUCAAUAAAAUAUAUUUAAAAAAAAAAAUGAGCAUAUCUCCUGAUGAGGAUUAAAAAAAUAGUUUCUGUUGAACAGACAAAAAAAAGUAAGUUGUAGUAGGGAGGUUUCUACCCCUGACACUUAUUAAAAAAAACCCUAACAAAAUUCAUUUUAGUAUAUUGUUGUCAUUAGUUUAUGAAUAUAAAAUUAAAGCACUUAUAUUUAAAAUUAGGUAUCAGAAUUAAUGACUACAAGGAUUAAAUAUUGAAUCAGAUUCUCAGGAUUUUAGUGGUUGUUUUUUUUUUCUCUUCUGUUCAAUUUUGUAGUUUCUACCCUCAGAAAAUAAAACUCAAAAUCAUAUA